CAGAAUGUGAAAAUUGCAAGGACAGAAAAGAAUGUGCAAGUUCUUGUGUUCUUCUCCAAGUGCCAAUUUCCACCUGCUACUUGUGUAAUUGGAAAUAUGAGCCUCAAUAUGCCCUAAGCAUGCGCAGCUGACUGACAUGCUCAAUUUUAAUCCAUGUAGCACGUGCGUUACUUGUGUUCAUAGAAGUGACAAAUGUAAGUUUUCUGCCUUACAAGUGGAAGAUUGAAUGAGCAACUCCAGAUAGAGCCAUCAACGUAAAUGCAAGAGACAAAUGUUGUGUACUACGUGAACUAGUAGAGUAAUGCAAAGGAGUUAUUCUCAAUGAGUGACUUUCAAUUCUAGCCCAUGCAAAUAUGCACACACAGAUAUUAUCAUGGCAGUAGUUUUGAGGGUAGUGUCCCUUCCAAGUGCAUGAGGCGUGUGUUUAGCCCUUCAUGUGCGCACUUCUCUUGUAAAGUGGAAAAACUGUGUGUACAUCAAGCAAUUUAGCACACAAAGGAAAAACUAAGUCGUUCCAAAUGAAAGCCAAAAGUGCGUACAAAUUUCAAGCAGGAAUGAAGCAAGAGGAGUUGUUGCCCAUCAGGUAUAAUCAAAUGGGACGAAUACCGUAAUAGAAUGCACCAGCAAAGUCAAGUGUCUUGAGCAAGAAAUGUCUGUUCGUCUAAUUCUCGCCACGAAGCACACCUUGCAACAGCAGGGAAAGAAAUGGUGGUAUCUUCUCUCCUCUCUAUCCAUCUUUCUGUCUCUGUUAUAGUGUCUCUCUUUUCCCCCUCUCUACCUCUACCACACACGACAGGUCUCAGACUAUCUCCCCCUCCCCCUCACCACCUCCUGCCAUCAUCAGGUCACCCCUACGUAAAUGAUGAGCACCUACUACCUUGAGAUUGAUGCAGGAGUCCGCUCUGAUUGAACUGGUUGAUUAGCAUAGUGAGUAUUGAUUUCCCCCCUUUUCUUGUGUUUUUUUGCUCAGAGAUUUGGUUCUGAGCCACAUUCCCCUGUUAUACUGAGCCCAUUAUACCAUACAUUGUUUAUAUCUACUUGUUAUUUUUGAAAACAUGAUGUGGUGUUAAACUUGGCGCAGGCACACAGAUUGUCCUCAAUUAGAAAAACUAGAGUUUGCAAAGAACACGAGAGAGAAGUGAGAAAGUUACCAAUAAUUCAAGAGGUAGAGAAUGGAGUUAGAAAGUCGAUCAGUGCAGCUCUCAGCUGGCCCGAGGCUGGGAUGUAGUGACCUCCAUCGUGUCUGUAGACGGUUGCCAUGGAACAGCAUGCAGCCAGCUCCUCACUGACUGAGGCUGGUAUCACAGCAUCACUGGCACCUAUCACGUGAAAUGAUGGCACGUCCAGUAGAGCUCCAUCGUAGUACUCUGAGUGAGGCGACACUAGAGACUUGAAUGCAGCCACCAGAAUGACAAAUCUGAACUGUAAGGGACCUGCCGGUUCCCUUUGUUUGAGGACCCCCAGGAGGGGGACAAAUGCAGCACCCUGGCUGAAUCCUAAUACUCCGUCGAACGGGCCUUGCUCCUCGAAGGCUUUCCGAAUAACGCCCACCGAAGCCUGGAAGCCCAAGCAACAGUCUGUCCUCUCCAGAGCGUAGUAGCUGCGCUCUGGCUUCGAGAACCACCAGCCUCUCUCCUGCUCUUCCUCAGGACGCGCCAAGUUGACCGGCUCCGGGAUCACGUGAGGCGCAGAGAGAAAGAAAAAGUCCACCUGCUUCUUCAGAAGCUUUCUGAGUGCCCCAGUUCGUUCCCUGAAGCUCGCCUCGUUCUGCCUGUAGCCGUGGAUGCACAGAACUCGCAACUUUCCCAUGGUGGGCACCAAUUAGAAUAUUUGCUGAGCGUGCAAGGCGGCAAUUCGGCGGAGAGAUGCCACUGCGAAAGAGGAAGGGCAGGCGCGGCCCCAAACUGCCUCCCCCUGCAGAGACUAAGGAGAGUGCCCCUUCAGAAGACAAUGGAGAGAAAAGUGAAGACGGAGAAGCAGUCGCAGCGACGAGCAACGCCAGCAUGGACGAGGAGGAGAGACAAGCGCGAGAAACAAUCGCUCUUUUAGCUCAAAAGUAUCAGGUAAAACUAACGGAGGAAACAUCUGACUCGUUGGACAUCAUCAGAGUUGAAGACUCUGCAGAGAUUUCACCCAUUGAACCCGAGACUCGGGGUGAGUCAGAAGAGAAAGAGAACAAGAUGACGUCGAAAAUCUUGCCAAAGAAAAGGACAAAGCUACAGAAGCAGUCCCAGCAAGGCUCCAGCCCAGCAUUCAAGGUUCCCAGGCCUCUCGCCCACCACUCCACUCCAGCUAAGGACAGGAACCUUUUCGGCUUCGAGAGCCUCGAUUCUCCACUGACCUUGUCUCCUGUGACCACCACACCAGCUUGGAGGGUCCCCUCUCUGUCGAAACGACUGAGUCCCGAGGAAGAGGAGGAGGGAGGUGGGAAGGCUGCCAAACCCUCACCUUACUCUCGGCUGAGGGGUACGUAUGACAUCCCGCUCAAGAAGAAGACACCGAGAAGACCGGCAGCACGGAGGAGGAAGAGCAACACUGGCCAAGAUCGCUGGGCGACACAGCUCAACGCUCAGUUCAGUGAAAUCGAAGAGUUUGAACUGGCUGUGGAGUGACCCAAUCACUCCACCAACCGUUCCAUGUCUUGCAUUAUUCAUGUUUUAGUCCCACACCCCACCUCUGUAUGUGUCUAUAUAAUAUAUCCUUCUACAGAGACUCGUGGUAUUUUUCCCUAUAUCAUAUUGAUCAGAAACACCUUAUUCUGUAGUCUGUUUGUGAUCCACUGUAUUAACCUGUCUAAUGUUGACGUUGAUUCUUGAUGUUGAAAUGUACCUCUCAAACUCUGCCCAUUCCCUCUGUAUGUCACUCCAUUGCUGACACCAAUCCUCCAUCCCAGACCUCUCCCCUCCCUCCUCCUGAAUCUUCAAUCUCUUUGCAGUUGGAAGGAUCUCUAUUGGAGAGUCACUAUCACUGUCUGCUGGAGUUUGUUCAAAAGACUUAUCCUCUUGCUUUCUCUGACACGCGUGGCAGAGUGGCCCAGAUGAUGCUAGUCUACAUGGUUGCAAAGUGCCUCCACGGCUGUGCAGGUAGUCCUGUAGAGAGACUCUGCGAAGAGCUGGGGGAACAGGGGUGGUGGGAGGUGGGGAGAUGAUCUUGGGGACUCCGUGGUAUGCCAGCCGGGAGGCCCCUGACAUAACGACCACGUCACCACUGCGCAGAGUGAUUGCCUGUGGCAGGACUGACUUUGUUUCUCCUCCAACCAGAAACACAGCAGACUGACCAAAACUGCAGCAAGUGUACAUUUCAUAAUUAUAGAGCAGCUUUUCACUGAACUCAUGGAAAGCACACUCAAAGUAAGGACAUGAAGCUG